UCGCAUGGCCCGCAUGGUAUUGAAGAAAAUAGAAAAUAGUUUUAUUCAUUAUUGUAUUAUUUCGUUCUGAAACUUUGAGCAAUCAUGUCUGACGAUAACGUAGAAGAUAUGGAGGCAAGUUCUUCGAGUAGUGAAAAUGAAGAAGAAGAAAUGGCUGAAGAUGAAGAGAAUGGUCCAAAAACAUAUCUUCCCGGUCAGCCACUAAAAGAAGACGAACAUCUAGUUUGUGACCAGUCAGCAUAUGUGAUGUUACAUCAAGCUCAGACGGGCGCACCGUGUCUUAGCUUCGACAUAGUUACGGAUAAUUUAGGCAGUGAUAGAACUGAAUAUCCCAUGACUGCCUAUAUGGUCGCUGGAACGCAGGCUUCUAGUGUACAUCUUAAUAAUGUCAUUGUAAUGAAAAUGUCAAAUCUUCAUUCCACAACAAAACUAGAUGAGGACCAAGAGUCAGAUGAUGAGGAUGAUGAAGAUGAGGAAGAAGAUGAAGAAAAGAAACCUAAUAUGACAUUUGCAUUUAUUAAGCAUGAAGGCUGUGUUACCAGGAUAAGGACAACAAAUUUUAGGAAUUCGGUUUUAGCUGCAAGUUGGUCAGAACUGGGUGUGGUGAAUGUGUGGAAUAUAACACAGCAGCUACAAGCCGUUGAUGAUCCAAUACUUCUAGAGAGAUACAACCUUAGUAAUGUAACAACACCAGUAAAGCCACUCUACUCUUUCAAUGGACACCAACAAGAAGGAUUUGGCAUUGAUUGGUGUCCUACAGAACUAGGUGUUCUAGCAACAGGUGAUUGUAGACGAGACAUACAUAUUUGGAAACCAAAUGAAGGUGGGACAUGGAAUGUAGAUCAGCGCCCUUUAGUGGGUCACACAAGCUCAGUUGAAGAUAUUCAAUGGUCACCUAAUGAAAGGAAUGUAUUAGCAUCAUGUUCAGUUGACAAAUCAAUACGGAUUUGGGACACAAGAGCGGGACCACAGAAAGCCUGCAUGCUGACUGCUGAGAAUGCUCACCAGAGUGAUGUCAAUGUUAUAUCUUGGAAUAACAAGGAACCAUUUAUAGCUAGCGGUGGUGAUGAUGGCUUCCUUCACAUUUGGGACUUGAGGAAUUUUACGAGCAACUCCCCUGUUGGUACCUUUAAGCAUCAUACUGCACCAGUAACAUCGGUAGAGUGGCACUGGACAGAGCCAAGCGUCUUAGCUUCAGCGGGAGAGGACAAUCAAGUCGCUCUCUGGGACUUGGCAGUAGAAAGAGAUGAUGAUGAAGUUAUUGAUGAAGAACUCAAGAAUCUACCUCCACAGUUAUUAUUUAUUCAUCAAGGGCAGACUGAAAUUAAAGAGCUUCAUUGGCAUAAACAAAUUCCCGGCGUCAUUGUUACAACUGCGCACACUGGUUUUAAUAUAUUUAAAACUAUAAGUGUUUAA